UAGUAGAACAUAUAUUCCUCUGUCCAAUCAGCAUCUAACGCUCUUCUACAAUUCGGUGAGUUGAUCAAUCACGCGCUGAAAAUGAAACGCCCACAAACUACGGACACCAUGAAGGGACAAACGGCAUACCUGCACCAUUAUUUCAUAGUGGCUAACACUAGCAUUAUGACGUGUUCAUUUUGUAUAAAUCCUGCAUACCUUCGCUGUGUUUUAAGGACAGGCAAGCUCAUAAAUGAGCACUGGACAAGGAAAUCAUUGUGUUCAGUCAGAAGCUUUGCCACUGAAGGAGACAACAGGGUACCCAAAAUAUACACCAAAACUGGAGACAAAGGUUUCUCAAGCACAUUUACAGGAGAAAGAAGGCCAAAGGAAGAUCAUAUUUUUGAAGCCUUGGGAAAUACAGAUGAGCUAUCAUCCGCUAUAGGCUUGGCUAGAGAAUUUUGCCUGGACAAAGGUCACACAUUCAGAUAUCAGCUGGACAAGAUACAGUGCAUUUUACAAGAUGUGGGCUCCAGUAUUGCUACGCCUCGAUCAUCUGCAAGAGAAAGCCACAUAAAGAGAACACAGUUUACAGCUCAGGCAGUUGCAGACCUUGAAACCUGGAUUGAUAACUUGACAGAAGAACUCCCUCCACUGACUAACUUCAUUUUGCCUUCUGGAGGGAAGAGCAGCACAGCUUUACACUUGGCUCGGGCAGUCUGUCGGAGAGCAGAGCGCAGUGUUGCUCCGAUUGUGCGCUCAGGGGAGGCAGAUCCAGAUGUUGCCAAGUUUUUGAACAGAUUGAGCGACUACCUGUUCACUGUGGCCAGAUACGCAGCUAUGAAAGAAGGCAAUGAGGAGAAAAUCUACAAAAGACCCGAAUGACCAGAUUACAACAUGAUGAUUAACACAUAUGCUGAAUUUGUUUUUGGGAUGACUGUCACUGUAAUAUAUUAAUAAACAUGAAUAAAGUCAAACUA